AAGUUAUGGGGCUGAAAAGAGAUGAUCAAACUACAUGACGUCAUUGCACAUAACGUCGACCGCAAGGGGUUCUGGGAGAAGACUGCUGCGUUGGAGACAUUUUGGCUUUAAAGGGGCUGAGCUAACCCGCAUCUCUCGGUUUGCUUGAGCUCAAAAGAAGAUGUCCACCAUGGUUUACCCACAGGAAGAGAAGCUUGAGAAGCUCUCACAGGAGGAGAUCAUUUCCAACACAAAGCUGGUGAUCCAGGGUCUUGAGGCCCUCAAAAAUGAGCACAACUCCAUACUUCACAGCCUGUUGGAAACCAUCAAGUGCCUAAAGAAGGAUGAAGAGGCCAACCUGGUCCAUGAGAAGGCCAACCUGCUCCGCAAGUCUGUGGAGAUGAUUGAGCUGGGCCUGGGAGAAGCACAGGUGAUGAUGGCCCUGUCCAAUCACCUGAACGCCGUGGAGUCUGAGAAGCAGAAGCUGCGUGCACAAGUGCGGAGGCUGUGCCAGGAAAACCAGUGGCUGCGUGACGAGCUGGCCAACACCCAGCAGAAGCUGCAGAAGAGCGAGCAGAACGUGGCCCAGCUGGAGGAGGAGAAGAAGCAUCUGGAGUUCAUGAAUCAGCUCAAGAAGUAUGACGAGGACGUUUCACCCACUCAGGAGGAGAAGGACAGAGAAACACCAAAGGACUCACUGGAUGAUCUUUUCCCCAACGAGGAUGAAGAUACCAACCAAGGAAUGCAGCACCAGCACAACAGUGCUGCCGUGGCAGCAGCCCAGCAGGGCGGCUAUGAGAUCCCCGCUCGUCUGAGGACCCUGCAUAACCUGGUCAUCCAGUAUGCCUCUCAAGGCCGGUACGAAGUGGCCGUUCCCCUCUGCAAGCAAGCUCUGGAGGACCUGGAGAAGACCUCUGGUCAUGACCAUCCUGAUGUGGCCACGAUGCUCAACAUUCUGGCCUUGGUUUACAGGGAUCAGAACAAAUACAAGGAGGCAGCUCACCUGCUCAACGACGCUCUCUCCAUCCGUGAGAAAACCCUGGGCAAAGACCAUCCAGCUGUUGCUGCAACUCUGAACAACUUGGCCGUGUUGUACGGAAAGAGGGGAAAGUACAAGGAGGCGGAGCCUCUGUGUAAGAGGGCUCUGGAGAUCAGGGAGAAGGUCCUUGGAAAGGAUCACCCAGAUGUGGCCAAACAGCUGAACAAUCUUGCCCUGCUGUGCCAGAACCAGGGAAAAUACGAAGAGGUGGAGUAUUACUACUGCCGCGCCCUGGAGAUCUACGAGUGCAGGCUGGGUCCGGAUGACCCCAACGUGGCCAAAACCAAGAACAACCUGGCGUCCUGCUUCCUCAAACAGGGGAAAUACAAAGAGGCUGAGAUUUUGUACAAAGAGAUUCUCACUCGGGCUCACGAGAAAGAGUUUGGAUCCGUUGAUGCUGAGAACAAGCCCAUCUGGAUGCAUGCAGAGGAGAGGGAGGAGAUGAGUAAGGGAAAGCACAGAGACAACACUCCAUACGGAGAGUACGGCGGCUGGUACAAAGCCUGCAAAGUCAACAGCCCGACAGUGAACACCACCCUGAGGAACUUGGGUGCUCUGUACCGCCGGCAGGGCAAGCUAGAGGCUGCAGAGACCCUGGAGGAGUGCGCCGUCAGGUCUCGCAAGCAGAGCAACACAGGCAUCGACCCCAUCCACCAAAGUCGUGUUGUGGAGAUCCUGAAAGACACAGAUGGCGACAGGCGAAGGAGCAGGGACAGCCUGUCCAGCGUUAAGUAUGAGAGCGGCUCGGAGACCGGCGAGGAAGUGAGUAUGGGCGUGGAGUGGAACGGGGCCUAAAGCCAUCGAGAUUAUUCCUUCAUCCUUCUCUCCUUCCCCAAACAAAAUAAUAAAGGGUGGUGUGUUAUCGUCCCCUCUGGCAUCCUUUGUCCCACCAGCUCCUCUUCCAUUCCUGGUGCCCCCCUCCCUCGGUGCGACAGAGGCUCAGAACCCCCCCUCAUGGUUGUGGCCUGUGUCUGGGACGUUUGGGCUCCUCAUCCCUCCUCUCUUUCGCUCUCUCCUCUGCUGUCACUAACCGAUGUCACAACGCGUCGCUUUCAGAUUCGUUUCCCGCCGUAACUAAAGAGACGUCAUCGCGUGUGUCGUGUUUUUGUCCCACUGAGGAAGUCACCCGCACUAUCUUCCAUCAAUGCACAUAGAGUAGAGUUAUUUAUCGACGGACGUGCUGCCUUCAGGGGCAGUCUUAACCCCGUCAUGGCUCCAGUUAGAACAAAAUCGUCUGAAAACAGUCAUAUUGCAGCAGUCAUGGAGAAGUGGACCUCAGCUUGGUGCCUGUAUUUAGCCAUAAGAGUAUAUUUUGAUUUAUUUAACUAUUUUUAAAAAAUAAUUUGCCAACAGUUAUAUUAAGUUCUUUGAGUUUUAAAAGAUGGAGAUGAGUGGUACUGUACAGUUACACAUCAUGUUGCCUGAAAGCUAAGAAAAGAAAAAGGGAACGUUGCCUUUUUCCUUUAUUUCUUUUUUUAUGAUUAUUGUUUACAUUUUUUAUGGAUUGGUGUUGCUUCAUGGCUGAAUAUAGAGAUGCUUUUAUUGCCUGUUGUCAAAGAGCAGAAAGGCUGACACGAGACGACAAACGUCACAGCAGGAGGCAGUUGCCAUGGCAACUAGUUCUCCGCUCUCCCCGGUGUUCUUGGUUUGAGGCGUUCACAGAAACCUGUCGACACAUCAGGGAACUCCUCAAACCUUAGAGAUGUUUGAUGGACCCGUUUGGACACCUCCAUCUGUGUGUUCGACGACAGUCAGACGUUUGUUAGCUCGUGUCGGGGUGUGGCUAUAGCUUCAGUGUGUGCUUGUGAUGCUUGGAAGAGUCACUUUCCUGUGUGGAUGCUUUAGCACAGAGCUCAGUGGAGGUCCUUUCCUCUUCUCUUACACACCUGCCUGACUGUUGUCACUUGUGGUGAACCUUUGGUUCUUUUGCUGCCACAGUCCCAGAGUGAUCUAUUUUCAGAGUCACAUGUCAAAGUAUCAGAAUGUAAAUCACUUUAGUGGAGAAGUUCUUUUGUCUUCCGUGUUCAAACGCAGAUCUUUGUCAGACCAACCAAGGAUCAAGAUGAGCUUUACCUGACAUGUUUCAGGUCUUCCUCAGGAGGUUUCAUGCUAUUAUGUCACUAUCGACUAUUUGUGGAGGGUGUGGCCCCCCUCACAAACUCAUUUAGUGACUGGUGGCAUGUCGGUGAAGGCGUGUACGCCCCCUUGUGUCUGUUAACGGUUUUGCUCCAGGUUGUUUUGUUUCCGUCUUUAAUCCGACGUUUGAUGAAGUAGAGAAACAAAACCUCAAUCAAGGUUAGAAAUGAUAAACAAAAUACUCCCAUCAUGCAUUGGGGCAACACACCAAGAGCAGAAACAAACAAGUUCAGAGAACAAAACCAUGAACUGAGAUGAGGAGGUGUAGACGCUCACACGUGAUGCUCUUUUGCAAGAAACAUGACCAGACAAAAGGGGGCGUGGUCACUGGCAAAGACCUGACAAGUCUGUGAGCCACAUCCACCACAAAAACCUGAUAGUGGCACUUUGUAUGCAAAAACCUUCAGUAGACUGCAGGCCAGGAACAUGAGCUACAUCUGUGUCCUUGUGUUGUCAGACAGAAAAAGCGUACAUCACUUCACCAUCUCAGACAUAUAGAUUUGAUGAGCUUCUCUGUGAGCCACCGGCCUUCAUUCCUCCCUCUGAGCACCCCUCUGCUUCUACCACCACAAAAACAAUCGCUGUUCACAUAUUUAUGACUAUAUUGUUGUGUUAGUGGAAUGCUUAUUUAUUGACCUGUAUAUUCUCAGUAUAUAUAGUGUGACCCAUACGUGAAAAAGCAUAAGCGCUUAAGCCUAUAAGCUGCAUCUUAGUGAGUAGAACUGCAUUAUAUUCACCAUUAUGCAUUGUGAAAUUUAUGGCAUCAACACCUGUUGGAAUUCUCAAAUAAAGUUUUUCAUUUGUGAA